ACCAAUUAGGGGCCUCAGCUCCCUCUCUUAGGCCCCAUGGUCGGUGAUUAAUAUUGGAAAUGCCAGUUUUGGCUUACAAUUCUAUGCACUAUAUAAAGAAGAUCAUUGUGGAACUUCAUAAGCCAACAAGUUUUAGUGAUCGGAAACAAUGGUGAAGAUAGUUUUUGGUAGCUUUGGUGACUCUUUUAGUGUUGGUUCAUUAAAGUGUUAUUUAGCUGAGUUUAUUGCCACUCUUCUCUUCGUUUUUGCUGGUGUUGGAUCAGCAAUAGCCUACAAUAAGCUCACAUCGGAUGCAGCUCUAGACCCAGCUGGUCUAGUGGCAGUGGCCGUGGCUCAUGGAUUGGGGUUGUUCGUGGGGGUGGCCAUUGCGGCCAACAUUUCUGGUGGCCACUUGAAUCCGGCAGUGACCUUUGGAUUGGCAAUUGGAGGAAACAUAACUAUUCUAACUGGCCUCUUCUACUGGAUUGCCCAGUUGCUUGGUUCCAUUCUUGCUUGCGCCCUCCUCAAAUUUGUUACUAAUGGCUUGGCAAUUCCUACACAUAACGUUGCCUCAGGAAUGAAUGGAUUUGAAGCCUUGGUGAUGGAAAUAGUCACUACAUUUGGUCUUGUGUACACAGUCUAUGCCACGGCAGCCGACCCCAAGAAAGGGUCCCUUGGAAUAAUUGCACCAAUUGCAAUUGGGUUCAUUGUUGGAGCUAACAUUUUAGCUGCUGGCCCAUUCAGUGGUGGAUCCAUGAACCCAGCAAGAUCAUUUGGCCCAGCCGUUGUUAGCGGAAACUUCGGGGAUAACUGGAUCUAUUGGAUCGGCCCACUUAUUGGUGGAGCAUUGGCUGGGCUAAUAUAUGGCGAUGUCUUCAUUAGUUAUUAUCAGGCACUCCCGGCCACCCAAGAAUACACGGCCUGAGCGGCCUAUCUCGUUUUUAAUAUGGGCUUUUUUGUAUUUUGUGUCGUUGAGCUUGUAAAUUUUUCUCUCUUUCUUUCUUUAAGAAACCUUUGUGGUUUUUUCCUUCUCAAAUAAAAAAAGAUGUUUAAAGUGCAAAAUUAUGUCAAAUUG